UUGACGACAAAAACAUGGCAAAAAGCAUUCGUAGUAAGAUCAAACGUCAUUUCCGUGCGAUUAAACGAAAAACCGUUUUUGCACCUGAUGCGGCUUGCGGCCAAACAAUCAAAGAUAGUGGAUGUCUCAACGCAGCGACAACAAGACAUGACCGUAUCAGCCGAAGACGAUUCUAUUUUGCAACAGACACGACUUUCAGCGGUCGCUUCGGGUGAAAUUCAACCUUCUUCAAAUUUAGGUAUAAUAGAAGAAAUCCCAGGUUCGUUAUUUUAUGAGAUUUUGGGUUUUCUCGACCCAGACUCGAUUGACAUAAUGAAUCUU